GAUCCAGCAGACAGCGGAGCGUCCGGAGCGCAACUACAUCGACAGCCGGCAGCUGAAGGUGUGUGCGACGUGCUUCGACCUGUCCGUGUCGCUGCUGCGCGUGCUCGAGAUGGCCACGAGCCUGGCACCAGAGGCCUUCACCGACUUCAGCCGGCCCUCGGCCGAGCUGCUGCUCACACGGCUGGCGCAGCUCAUCAACCAGGUGCUGAAUCGCGUGACGUCCGAGAGGAAUCUGUUCGACCGAGUCGUCAACCUCCGUCUGCCAGGGCUGGACACGGUGGAUCACUACCCCAUCCUCGUGUCCCUCACCGGCAUCCUCGUGCAGCUCCUGGUGGAUGGAACCACCCAGAGUGCGGAGAGGGCGUCGCGCGCUCUGCUGGCCGACCCCUGCUUCCAGCUGCGCUGCGUCCAGUACCUGCUGGGGGAGACGACGCACGAGCCGGAGCGCCCACGGGGGGCAGCCACGCCCGACAAGCGCUUCUCCCUGCGCAGCUACGUGGACUUCGUUAGCGCCGAGGAGGUGGAGAAGGUGACGAAGAUGAUCGCUCGGCUCAGCGACGAGACCAAGCAAGCUGCCGCCGCUGCCAUGCCCACGGACGAGGAGGACCUGUGCCCCAUCUGCUACGCCCACCCCAUCUCCGCCCUCUUCCAGCCGUGCACCCACAAGUCCUGCAUGGCGUGCAUCCGCCAGCACCUGAUGAACAACAAGGAGUGCUUCUUCUGCAAGGCGCCCGUCACCGCCGUGGAGGCCUACACCAAGACCCCCCCCGCCUCCACGCCCACCGGCCCCUAGCUGCUCGCUCACCACGCUCGCUCACCACGCUCGCUCACCACGCUCGCUCACCACGCUCGCUCACCACGCUCGCCAUGUUCACUCUCGCUCACCACGCUCGCCACAUUCACCUCUGGCAAGCCCACACUCGCCACACUCGCCUGCUCACCCACGCUCACCGAGUGCAGCGCUCACCACAAUCACCCGUCACACUCGCUGCCGCCAACUGCAAUGCUCACCACGCGCAUAUCCGCCCACCCUCGCUCACCCUCGUUCACUCAUAGCCUCUCUCACACACACACGCACCUUGACACACGCACCUUGACACACGCACACACAUGUUUGCCGUGUAAGCGAUUCGUCGAGUAGCGCUAACUGUGAAACUCGCGAUACAUAACUCGCUUCGCUUCACGCGUGCCAACAAUCUCAUGCAUUCAUACAAACCCCGCGCAGGCGUUCCGCAGACAGGCGAGUGGGACACACCAAUGGGAACGCCCGAGACAAGCGGCACAAACACACAAUCGUGUUUGCUUCAAUCAAAUCCUUGACAGCUCCUCCAACCGGCAACGUGCGUGUGUACGUCACGUGCCUCUACCAUAUCUACUUGUACAGGGCCUACCAGGAGCAUUUAACCCCCCCCCCCCCGAGCCGCGCUCACAAGAGGGAUCGACACGACGGGGCCGGCGUUGUCGUCGCUGGCGAGUAUAGGAAGAGGGGGGGGGGCAGCACCCACGUGGCAUUGGUCCUGGGCCCCCCGGGCUCACGCACCACGGGGGGCCCGGGGUGGGGGGACGGCUCUUGGGGAGCGCCACUGCCGGAGAGAUGGGGGGCGCCGCUCCGACGAGAGCUCCCUCAGGCACGCGAAGCGACUGCGGGGGGGGGGGGGGGGGGGCUGUAGUCCCUUGUCACGUGGGAGGGGGGGGCAGGUCCGUUACCCGGAACGUCCGUUCUUUUUAAAACGUCGCCCGUGUAAUCGCGCGCGGCGGUGCCUUUGCGAUCGAGUGAAUCGGCUUUUAAGAUAAUAAUAAUAACGACGAUGAUGACGACGAUAACCGCAUGCAGGUGAAGCGCGGCACGACUAUAACCACCGCGUGCACCCCCCCUCCCCCCCCCUCGUGCCGCACCAGCGGCCUCGUGGGCGGCUCUCGACAAUAAACAGCGACGGUCCCGCUGCUGCCGCCGCCGCCGCCGCUGGUGGUGGUGGUGGUUUUACUCGAAGCGC